ACCAUCACGGCCCGCCAGUAGUAGCAGCGGCAGCGAUCGACGUGCAGAACUGCCUGGCGCAGCUAGUGAUGUACCGUGACCGCGACGUGCACGACGACGGAGACAUUUGCGUGCGACGAACCUCAUCCGGAGCUCGCGUUCUUGCACUCUCGCCCAGUGCGCUCAGUGAUUUUGAGGUGGUGCAGACUCCCCCGGAGGCGAGCCUCCAAAAUCGAUUCUCCAUUUUCGGCAGAACCCUGGUGUGGGAGGCUCUGGAGAUAGAGCGCUUGUGCGUGAACAGUGAGCCGUGACACGAAGAGGGAAACAAAAGGGGGAAAAAACCGGAAAUACAGUACGUUACAGCUUCCAGAGAACACCAGGCGUCGGUGAGUCUUCGAUCGUGUGCGAAGGGGGCGCUCGCGCUCGCCAUCUUCCGGGGGCGCCAGUUCCACAGGCCGCCCACUAGCAGCAGCAGCAGCAGCAGCAGUACGUCGCCGGGCAUCAGCUAAUGCCAGCACGAUCAAACACAUAUCGAACGACGACGACGACAACGAACACGACGACAUCCACAACUACACUUAAGGAUCGCGACUUUUCUACUACCCCCUAAACAAGCGGAAGCGAACCACUACGGCUACGGCCUACGAAACGCGGCCCAACGAGCGGAACGUGCGUGUGUGUGUGUGUGCGUGUCCGAGGAAGCGGGGUGGUUUGGGUAAAGGUGAAAAGGGGGGAUCCCACCCGUCGGGGAGGAAAAACAAAUCGUUCGUUCGGUAAGCAAAGUUCGAACGUUUUGGUAGAACAUUUAUAUCAAAAACUAAGACAACUCUAACUAGAAUACGAACACCGAAAGAGACAAGCCGACACCUCGAUCGCGCGAGAGCGAACGAGGAGGUCGACAGCUGGAGGCGCCCCCAGCACAAGGUGCGACGGUGUGGUCUCCACCGCAACAAUAUCCACCCUAUCCUCCUUAAAACACACACCUACACACCUCCCAAACCGAGCCUUUAACCCAAACCCGACACCUUCGCACACACAAACACAAGCGGGGUACACGACACCCCCCCCCCCAAACCCCCCACGGGGCGGACAGGCGGAAAGUGUGAGUGUGAGACAAACGAGACAAUUUAUCAUCGGCUCGCGCAAAAAAAAAAGGCCGUAGUGUAGUUUUUCGCACCAGGUAGUACCAAAGACAGCGGCACCAACGGCGGCAGCAUCUUCGACCAGCACCAGCAACAACAACGCCACUAUCAACCGAAGCUACUCCGAAACAGAGGAAGGCGAACGGGAAAGACACAACCAACGAGUGAAGCACGCACCACAAAUCAGAGAAGCACACACACACACCCCGUUGUUGUCAUUUGUGGGACGAAUCAGCGCACAACGCGAAUGAUUUGCAACUCGCACAAAGUGUCUGGUCGCGAAACGCGAGAAAAUGUAAGCAGCCGCAACGACCGCAGUGCAACAGCAACCGGUGCCGCUAGACGAACGAUCGAACGAACGGAAGAAACGAACGCCACCAGUGGCCAGUGUACAGCGUACCGCUGGACGCGCCCGAAGCAGCGUACUCGCAAGCGCAGAAAACGCAAGACCGCCACUGUUCGCCGGUGCGGCGACGCAUUGGCACCGCUGGCACCGGACGACGGCCAGGUGCCAAGGAGUAGCACAGCAAGGAUCAUCCCUCCAGUUUUAUGUGACCAGCUAAAACUGGUAAGGUGACUGGGUGAGGUUAGUGUGUAUCCUGCGAGGAUCGAUAUCCUCGACCACGGCGAACCCCAUCAACCUAGUGCCCCACGUGUCUGUGGAUAAGAUGUGAAGGCAGGCAGGUGAAUUGCCAAGGGCCAAGCGUGUGAACCGGUGGUGACACAAAACAAAACAACAAAAGUAGAAGAUAGUGAAGCUCUAGGUGACGAGUUAUCGAUAAACGAGUGAGCGAAAUAUUGUUUUAGAGCGAAAAACGUAGUGUUGGCGUUAAAGCCGAGUGUUAAGCGUAAGUUCACGGAGCAUAGAGUGAAGCGGCAAGAAUAAAAGUUACCCAGUGUGUAGUGAGGUUUAAAAAAAAAAAAACAGGCCCAUCUAAGUCAACCCUGUGUGUGCAAGUGUGUGGCGCAUUACAAGGAAGUGCCUAGCGGCAUAUACAGAAACGUGAAAAAAAAGCAACAAACUCAAACCACUCCUCAUCAAAAAAAAAAAACCCGACGGACGGACGCAACGGCCAAUACCCGUAAAACCGCACCUCAAGAGUGAGAGAGAUAUAGCCGACCGACGAUGGCUAAAUUUAUCGCGACACUUUGUCUCCUGUGGCUGUCGGUGGUGAUGCUGAUCGGGUUCGCAUCCCAACCGGUCGUAGCCCGCCGGCAUCCACUGCUGAUCGAGGACGAGGGAGCACGCCGUAACCGGCCCGCAGAGUGCCAGUUUGGGAAGACCAUACGCGAACUGCAUACGACCUGGUUUGCCGAUUUGGGCCCCCCGUUCGGCGUAAUGUACUGCAUCAUGUGCGAAUGUGUACCGUUCCAGAAGAAGCGUCGCGUUGUGGGACGUGUCCAGUGUCGCAACAUCAAGAACGAAUGCCCGAAACCGACGUGCGACGAUCCGAUCCUGCUGCCGGGAAGAUGCUGCAAGACCUGUCCGGGAGAUGCUCAGAGUCCUGACGUGGUGCAAGAUCUUCCCCAAGCGACAAUGCCCGAAGAGGAGGAGCGCAGCAAACAUUUUGCAGCUCUCCUAACCGGACGUACCUCAGCGCUGUUAAAGAAGGAUGACAUGAGCACAAUGUACACGACACUCAACCCCCAGAACGUGGUCGCCACUGGACGAUUCUCGUUCCACAAGAAGAAUCUUUACUACAGUUUCUACGUGUCGGAGCGGGCCGCACGUCCCCGAUCGAUUCAGUUCGUGCACGCGAAUGGUAACAUCUUGGAGGAGCAUACGCUUGCCCUACCGUCCGACGAAGGUCGUUUAAGUGCGUACCAGAACGGGACCGGAAAGGUGUGUGGUGUCUGGCGCCGAGUGCCCCGCGAAUAUCGUCGUCUGCUGCGAGAUGAGCUGGUGAGUGUGGUAUUGCUGUGGGGUAGCAAACAUCAGGCGGAACUAGCGAUAGCCGGCUCGAUCGCGAAAUAUCCCGCACUGGCACAUGAACUGUUUAGCUCACUGUUGGAACCGGCUGCCCAGCAAGAUAUGAUGAGUGGUGCCGGUGGUACGGCGAUCGUGUCCACAAGCAGCGGUGUCACCUCCUCCAUCCAUCUGACAAUCGUCCUGAACGGACUGUUUGCACCGGAAGACGUAAACGAUGUGCCGCUGAGCGUGCGACUAGAAUCACUCGACAAGCGCCAGCUGAUCCUAGAGGACGUCCAGCGUGUCCGCAAACCGGCCCACGACAUCAACGUACUCGAGGUAUCAUCGCCAGUCUCUAUAAGCGAUCUGCGUCUGCUAACGCGCGGUAAACUCACGCUGACGGUUGAAUCACGCCGCAACCCAGAUAUCCUUCGGCUGCAGGGUCCAGUAAGAGGACGUGUCGCUUGCGAAGUUUUCCAAACUCUACUCAGCUCGCACGGAGUCGACGUACGAAGUGAUGCGAGCGGAUUGGCCUGGAUGUAUCAGAACCGAGAGGGAGCACUGGUGUACCACGUACAGACGCAUCAUCUUCACGGUCAGCCAGGAACAUCUAGCCCGGUCCUGACGCUCAUCGACGACAGUGCCAAGCGUAAGCCUGAGCUCGAAACACUAACCCGAGCGUUUGCCGGUGAGCAUGCGUCCGGUGUUAUCGAUCGGAUGGGACCGCGCGUACUGGAACCGCUCUACUCGGGCGAACUAGCCAUUCAGGUAUCGAACGACCAGAAUCUCACGCUGCUGCAAGGCAAGUUUGUGACGCGCCAAGUCGCGGACGCCCGGGACUCUAAUGCUCCGGUACUGUUGCGCCGUACCGCCGAUCUGCCACCGCUUGCACACGCCGUCGGUAUGGCCUGGAUGGCGGUAGACAACGAGUGUAGCCUGCACUACGACCUAUCGCUUACCGGAGUUCCAAGCGCCUUCCAUCCUCUGCAGCUAUACCUGGAGGAACUACCACUGGAAGCACCUAACGCACCGAUUAGCCGUCGCCUACUGGAAGAGUUUGGAGGGAAUCAGCUCGAGGGCUUCCAGCUUGGACUACCACCCCGUGAUCUGGCCAAGCUCGAGACGAGCGUUAUCUAUCUAGAGGUACGCUCCAACAGUACGACCGGACCUCUGAUGCGGGCACGCGUCCACACACCGACUCGCGUCCCUAGCCACUGUACCGGUGGGCUAGACAAUGAGGUGCAGCAGGAUCCGUUCGCGGCGAAUGAUGUACCGGUCACUACCAACGAGAAGUGUUUCCAUUCCGGCCGGUUCUACGACGAGGGUGAAACGUGGCGUAGUGCGGUGGAGGCGUGUACCAUGUGCUCCUGCGAUCAUCAGCAGUACAAAUGCGAGAAGAUGAAGUGUCCUCCGUUAAGAUGUCGCAAGGAAGAUAUUGUACAAAAGAAGGGCGAAUGUUGUCCCUCGUGUGCUGCUCCAAAAUCUUCAGCAGGUAAUGGACUUCCAGCUGCCCCAGUAACUACAGUCAGCAACGGCAGCUCAAGCUCUCAGCGUGGUUGUAACCUCGGUGAUGAGUUCCACGAGGCAGGCACAACAUGGCAUCCCUAUCUGCACCCGAGCGGAUACGAAACCUGCACCAUCUGUACGUGCGAGCUGUUUACGCUCCAGGUCAAGUGUACUCGGGCUCAGUGUCCUCCGCUGCCGUGCAGCGACAAGGUCGCCUAUCGACCGGACAAGAAAGCCUGCUGUAAGGUCUGUCCGCAGGUGAAGGAACCGAAGGUCCCGAAGAAGGUGCACGCCGGCCGGCAGGAUGUGCAGUACGACGAGGCUGGCAGCCCGACAUUGCGUUCGCCACAGAUGAUCCUGGCGGCCGGUGGCUGUCGUUUCGAGGAAAACUUCUACGAGAACGGCGAAGAGUAUCAUCCAGUGCUGGCGACGCAUGGCGAGGAGAAGUGUAUCAAGUGUCGCUGCAAGGACGGACAGCUUAACUGUAGUCGCAAGCGAUGCAACCGAGCCAUGUGCAACCGACAAAAUGCCAAGCGCCCUGGUCAGCAGCAACAGCAACAGCAGCCGGUCGAUGAAUGUUGUCAGUGUCGACCUGCUCGCCAUCACCGGAAACGACAGCAACAGCAGCAAACGAGUGUUAAGAGUUGAAUUGAUUUAGUUAUGAGCGUAGCGACGCGGAGUACCGUGGGUUUCCCUGUGCCAUGUUAAGUGUGUUGCUCGCGGGGCUCCGCCAAUCCACACACUUACCUGUUUACCAUCCUCUCCUAUCGCCUUCCUUCUUCUCUUACUCUCUCUCUCUCACACACACACAAACUCUCUCACACACGCUCUCAACUGCUUCCCUCCUUCGCUUUCCCCUCAUGCUCUAAGCUAAAUGACUCACAAACAUGGAGUCGUUCAAAGAUUCCAGUAUCCACAAACAACAUCCUCCAAGAGUGCGUGUGACGAUGGAGUCACUUCGUCUGUCAUUUGUGCUGACACUUAGUGCUUGCCAUACGGUGUCCAAGGUACCUUUCUACCACUCCCGGCAAUUCCAACCGGAAGGGGAGUUUCUUAUUUUCUAGAAACUCCACCACUCAUCACUUACACACCUCUCUCCCACCGGGGACUCACUACCAACCUUCCACAUACCUGCACACGCAACCUUACACACGCAUACGCAUACACGAGCAUCAGUUUUUGACCAAGACUUUAAGUUGCGUAGUAAAGUUUGCUGAGCUCAGCCUAAGCAGCUUCAUGGACAGCGGCCAUCUUUGUAUUAUUUUUAAUGGCGCUGUAGGAAAACACUUUCACUUCACCCAUUUCACCUGUGCGAUUGACUGAAACUUUUGGCUAUUUAAUGUAGAGCUUUGGCGAACGUAUUGCGCGAAUGUAUGUGUGUGUGUGUGUGUGUGUAUACGGGUCUGGUUUGGGUCCUUCCGGAAGAACCUCCAGCGGAGCAGGUAGCUCAUUCAGCCGGAGGUGUGUAGUGUCCUUUAGAGAGCAUCCUGCUAUAUGGGAUACUGUUUGUAGGGGAAGGAAGGUUUGUGGGGAGUUGAGUGAAGGAAGAAGAACAAGAAGAAGAAAGAGUGGAGCCAUCAAACCGGAAGUGCUCGGUUGUGGGGAGUUCGUGCGAUUGUAUUACAGAGCGAGAGAGAGAGCGAGCGCGAGAGAAAGAGAGUCCGAGGAACUAUUUAUAUGUACUUUAAAAUGGUAGGAAAACAAACAAUCAAACACACACACACAUUAUUUUUAACCGUUUAAGGAUAACGAUGCAUAACGAUAAUAUAAUAUUAAAAAACAAAAAAAAACAAACAAGCUAUAUCUUAAACGCAUCUAUUGUACACGUACAUGGAACGCCUACACGCAACCCGCCUUGCGGUUGGGUGUGGGUGUGCGUGUGGCCCUUUUUUUGGAUGCGAUAUACCACACAUAUAGGAGCCUGUAUGGAUAUAUAAAUAUAUAUUCAUAUACCUUUACAUAUAAAUAUAUAAAUCUAUAUAUACACUAUUUUGUACAUGUAGGCAUAUGUAGGAUGGAUCAUGAUGUACUAACUAAGCGCUUAGUACCUACCGAUAUAAGGACACGUAUUUAUUUUGCAAAACAAACAAAACCAACACAAGCACACACACAUUAUUGUACACACCGACACAAUCACACACAUACAAACAUCUAAACAAUUGAACAGGACCGUCUGCGAAUGGGUGGCGAAUCGCGUUCGUGUUACGCGCCACCACACGCGUACCAAAGCGAUUUACGAUAGUGUUUUUUAUAGGGUUAGAUUCUCCUCCUGUGUUUUCUUCUUCUUUUUUACAUUUGUGGGCGGGAAAAAAGGAACGAUUUAGCGAUUUAGUGGAGAAGAGGGACUGAAGUGACAACAAGUACGCGCGGUGUCCGCCCGAUGUCAUCGGGUCGGAUCGAUCGAACGGACAGAACAAAGAUGGCGGCGCGGCGUCCAUCCGGUGACGCUGGCCGUAAAAUGGGGCAAAAAAACUGUAUGGUUUUUGGUUGCAGUUUUGGGUAACAGUGAAGGAAGGAAGGCUCCCGAGAUGAAGGCAAGUGGAAGCGCAUUUAAAUGGGAUGAUAGAGAGCUAGAGCUUCGUGAAGUGUGUAUAGGUUGGAACGAAACAAAAUGGACGCGCGCGCGCAUACAAGAGAGGGGAGAAAGUAAAGAACAAACCGGAAGGGAAGGAAAAAAAAGAUUAGAAUAAACCACCACCACCAUUACAGGAAACAAAACAUAGUUGCCUAGUGUUUGUGUCGUUUUUUGUGCUUUUUUCUUCUUUGUGUGAGAUGUCCUGGCGCCCACCCUGCACACAAUGUCCUGGAGGGGGUGGAAGGAAGGAUACUGGAUGAAGGGGUCGUGGUCGGAGGGUUGGUGACUGAAAGGAGGCUGUGUUUCAGGAAAUAUUUGAAAAGGGGCCAUUUUGUUUUUUGUUUUCGAAGAAAGGACAUCAUCAGGAUGCCAAGUCUAAGGAACUUAGUCAUCCUGAUUGCUACUAGCAAGCUCCCGUUCUUCAUUUUCACCUUCUUGCUUUAGUACACCCCAUCCCCUUUCGAACAAAGCAUUUUGUUUGUAAGUGUGUGUGUUUGAGGGAGAAGAGUUAGGAUUACUGGAUAUAGUUGGGAACACUUAAGAAAAUUACCAGAUACUUCCGGAAGUUAGGAUAUGAAAGUGAAACAGAGAGAGAGAGAGAGAGAGAGAGAGAGAGAGAGGGAAAGGGAGAGAUGUAUCAAGAGAGAGAACAAGACGUAAACAAAACACAAAAUUUGUAACAAUCCUCGCGAAUGCUGGUCAUAUCAGUCAUAAUUGUUGUUUCUCUUUUUAAAUCAUAAUAUUUCGCCAUCGUUCCACCAUCAUUUGGUUCUUUCUUGCUUUCAUUCUUUCUGUUUGUGCUUCUUGGUUUUAUGUGAAUGGAAAGGCAACAUUUUUAGCAUUAAUUUUAAAAUUUAACUUAAACUAGUUGCGGCAAAAUGAUCGAAUACCAAAAACAACAGAAAAAUUAAACUGUGUACGGUGAGUAAGACUAAGAUACGUUUAGGCUUGGAUCUAUCUAAAUUUUUAUUUUUGGAAGUAGUUGAGAAGCAAAGCAAAAGAAGAUAAAGCGAAAUUUAAAAACAAAGAAGCAGUCGUGUACGUGUAAUAUAUUUGGACAAUUGCGAGGUUGAAAAAAAUAGCUUAAGAACAAACACACACACGCGCACAUACACUAACUGUUUUGGGGUGAAUGGUGUGAAGUCACACAACAUGUCGUCGCCUCGAUCUCUAGUCAAGCGUCGAUAGGUGGGGCACGUCACGAGACGGUACGCGCGUAACGCAUUGAUUGUAUUUGUGAGGUUAGGAUUUUGCAAGAAAGCAAUCUAUCAUUUAUUGGAUGCUGUAAUGGCCAGGAAGCAGGAUGUUCGCAGCAACACAAACACACACACACACACAUAGGCAAACAAAUGCAUCCUCAUGCACCUACGGACAAGGAAACAGGUACAUAAUCCACACAGCAGCAUUUUGUGCUGCCGGUUAGCGCAGCCAGUAAAGGUCUAAACAGUCGCCUACUAAUACUAAUGAGGACGAUCGAUACAGAUAAAAAUGUUGCAAUGUUUAACGUGUGGUGUUCUAAGUAUUACCAUGCAGGUUACUAUAUUAAACCAGCUGUGUGGGGAGAGUAUUUCGCUAUCCUAACGCGACUGACGAUCGUAAUUGCUUGCUUCGCUACUACACUACUACACUCAGCCCGAAUGUUUGCUACCCGCGUCGCGUUAGUAACUGUUUGAUUGCUGCGUAACGCCAAGGAGUUACUGCUCGUUUUGCUUCUUUUGAGUAGUUUCGUUCCGUUGACGUUUACCAAACCAUGGCACAACUGAUAAACACAAAAAUUACUGUGAAACUGAAGAGAGAGAGAGAGAGAGAGAAAGAAAAGGGAACAAGUAGAAAACAAAAGGCAAGGCAAUAGAUUACCGAGAGGUAGGGAAAAUGGCAAAAGUUAAACAGAGAAUACAAUCGUUUGAAGACUCUUCCGUUUCGUUACCACUUACCAAAGAAGACUGAAUAUGUUAACACUUAUACAAAAAAUCAAGAGAAAAGCAAACACACAAAAAAACGAUAAAGAAUGCGAUUUUCAAUCAAACAAACAAAAUAAGUGCGAGCUAUGGAGUUGGGCAAAAAAAAAAGGUCGGGAAAGAGAAGAAACGAGCAAUGAAGGAAGAGAUAGAGUAUCCCUAACGCACCUACUAAUGUGUCAGCGUAGCAGCAGGCUAGUAUGGCUGCCGAGCAGCGACCAAAUUUCGCCUUCGCCUGAUCAAGCGAAACUUCGCAAAAACAGAAGAAAAACAAAUCAAAUCCCAUCCUCUUAAAUUUACCUUUGUACUUUGUUCUACAUUGUCUAUUUAAUUAUAUGUUAUGUUAACCGAUAGCUUUAGUCGCGUGGAUGGCUGAACAUUCUGUCGAACAUUACUAACUAAGCAGAAGCGUUUGGGCUUAUUUUAAUUGCUAGAAGAGCUGGCGAGAGCGAGAGAGGCGGUUGAAGAAAGAGAGAAAAGGAAAGAAGGAAUAGGGCGCGUGGAGUUGGAUGGUGUUAGACAGCGGACACAGGCGUGUAAGCGAAGCCCAUGUUUUAAUUUUUACUGUAUAAUGUGUACUUCUAGAUCAGGCCGGAGAUGUUAAUGUAAUGAACACAUACACCCACACACACACACAUACAAGCGCGCAUACAGAAUAUACGUAGCAUAAAAACUGAAAAGCAAGCGUAAACGUGAGCUAAAACCGCAGAUGGCAAGUGUGUGGCAGCAAAAUUUGACAGUAUUGAUUGUUUUUAUCGAAAACCUUUAAAUAACGCGAUUGUUCCCAGAGAUAUAUCGUGCGCGAAGCAGGGCAGAAUGCCAGCAUACUGAAACAUUGGAAACUCCUCUUUUAUUGCAACGCACUGUAAAACACACAAUUCUUAAUAAAACUAAGAGCUCCAAAACACUUAUCGCAAAGGA